AAAAAAAACAGAACUAGCCGUUAAGCCGCUUCCCCUACAAGUUUGUUUCCACUCACAAAUCCGUAAUAUAUUAAUUAACUUCAUUUUUCUCACUCUUAACAUUCUCUCCCAUUUCUCAAAUCGAAACUUCUCAAAUGGCCGCAAAAACAGUUACCAAAGACAUCAUCACUCUUCGUGGUUCUGCAGCAAUCGUUAGCGAGUUCUUCGGAUAUGCUGCUAACAGUAUUCUUUAUAAUCGCGCUGUUUAUCCCGAAGAAAGCUUUGUGAAGGUGAAGAAAUAUGGGCUUCCUAUGUUGCUUACUGAAGAUGAGGGUGUUAAAUCUUUUAUAGCUAAUUUAACUGCUCAGCUUUCGGAAUGGCUUGAAGCUGGCAAGUUACAGAGGAUUGUUCUUGUUAUUAUGAGCAAGUCUACUGGUGAAGUUCUUGAAAGGUGGAAUUUCAGCAUUGAGACGGAUAAUGAGGUUGUUGAGAAGGGCGUGUCGAGGGAGAAGAGUGACAAGGAAAUCAUGAGAGAGAUACAAGCCAUUAUGAGACAGAUUGCGUCCAGUAUCACCUAUUUGCCAUGCCUGGAUGAACCUUGUGUUUUUGAUGUGUUAGCAUACACUGAUACAGAUGUUGCAGUUCCAUUCACUUGGACUGAGAGUGAUCCAAAGCUGAUCGCAAAUCCGCAAAUGGUGAAACUGCAUUCCUUUGAUACUAAGAUUCACAAGGUUGACACACUUGUAUCAUACAAGAAUGACGAAUGGGAUGAGCAGUAAAGCUGAUCCAUCUGCUUCCUUUCUUGCCCUGUUCUGUUUCUAUGCAUUUUCCGAUUUCAAGUGAAUCGUGUCAAUUGUGAAUUUUCUAUUCACAUUGUUAGAUAUGUGUACUUAUGUGGGUAAUGUGUAUUAAUAUCCCGGCUUUUGUAUGUUUGCCUUCUGGUUGAAAGUAUUGACAUGUAAGGGAUAUAAAAAAAGUUCCCUAAUCUUUUCAGAGUAUGUUGUUUAAUGAAAUAGUGAAUCAUUCUAAGUAUGUUAGUUCAAAUCUGGUUGUGGAAGCAUCGAUGUAGUGAAUCAUUCUCAUGAAA